AUGCUCGACUGCUAUCUCCAUGGCAUGCCGAUCUGCCAGUGUCCGACGGAAUGUGAUGGAUGUCAGCGCGAGCUCGAUCCCUCCGUUGCUGCACAUCAUCUCCAGACCUGCAAACGCCGAUCCUCCAAGCUUCCCACGGCGCAUGACAACCUAUCGGCACGGAUGGAUUUCAUGCUAAAGGUAAAAGAGCUCUCGAAGCUCGGGCUCGUCCAGCAUGGCUUCAUGUUCAAGACGCUGGGCGAUAUCCACAUCCCUGGAAUCCGCGAUCGAGGGUCUGAGCAGUACGAGGGCUUGAUGGCGGACGUGACGUUGGUCCACCCUUACGACUCGGAGGCUAGCGAGGAGGACUACCUCGAGCGGUACCGUGUUCCUGUGUCCAGCCUCCCUCUGUCCGCUGCCCCAGGCGGACCCCCGGGCAACGCCGGCUCCUUGUCGGCGGCUGCCCUUUCUCCGUCCGCGGCUGCUUGUCUGCGCGGCUUCGCGCUUGGGCUGGCGGCUGCUUGUCUGCGCGGCUUCGCGCUUGGGCUGGCGGUGCCGCGUCUGGGUGCCAGCAGUGCUGUAAAUCCUAUACUAUCUCUUGCCAUCUCGACGGACGGUACCCUGCAUCCUGACACCCUCCGCUUCAUCUGGUAUCUGGCGGACAUCAUUGCUCAGCGCUCGAUGCCUCUUGAGGAUGCGGCGUUUGGUCGGCACUUCGUGCCUGAUGACGGACCUGCUGCUGAGGUCCUGGCUCGCAAACGCGCCGCCACCUAUCAUCCUUAUCAGCGCCUCACUAUGCAGCUGACGCUGGAGGCGCUCUUGUCUGGUGCGAGGCGCAUGACGCCCUUGCGGGCGCAAGCACUUCUCGAGCCAGAGGACAGCUCCUCCUCGGACUUUGUCGAGUCGCCCGAGGAGGAGUCUUCGCCGGAGGGCGAUAUCCACAUCCCUGGAAUCCGCGAUCGAGGGUCCGAGCAGUACGAGGGCUUGAUGGCGGACGUGACGUUGGUCCACCCUUACAUUGGCAGCUCUGCCGACCUGACCAAGUGGGGGGAGGUCAACCUCGACGCCCUCCAUGUUGCAGCGUCUGAGAAGAUUCGCAAACAUCGCUCUGCAUAUGCCAUGACUACUCCUCCUCGAGCGUUCAUCCCUCUUGCCAUCUCGACGGACGGUACCCUGUCUCACUAUGCAGCUGACGCUGGAGGCGCUCUUGUCUGGUGCGAGGCGCAUGACGCCCUUGCGGAAUGA